UGUCAGCUGUUCGCUCUGUAGCCAUUUGACAUUUCAUUUUUAUUCAAUGCUGAUUGUGUAAACGCAUUUUUUAUAAAUUGCAAUUUGCAUUUUCCUGAAUUUCAUUGAAAGGAUUUCACAAUUAACCACAAAGUGACAUUAUUCCAAUAUGUAUACCGUGUUACGUCGAAGUGGGCUAAUAAAAAGCGUGAAACAAAGUCAAUACAUCAGCAAUCGAAAUGCCGGUUAUAUAGUCUUAGUUCCGGAGAUCGGCGAAGAUACGCAUGCUGCUGACAGUGUAUUGAAACCGGAUGGUUUACCAGCAUUUAAUGAUAUAACUAUUGAAAAUUGUUUGGGAGCUAUAGGACAGCAAGCUGGAUUGGUGGAGAAAACUGUGAAAAACAUUGAAAAUGAUAUUCAGGAGAAUAAAAUAAAUGUUAACGAUCUUCGCGGCAUCUUCGAGGAAUUGGAUAAAGUAGCUGGACCACUGGACACCACGUGGGGUAUAGCUAAAGCACUUUAUCUAGGCAAUAGUACACUGAUCCCUACUAAAUCAUAUAUGAACAUACAUGAACGUGCACGUAUUGCACGCGCUUCCAAAUACAAUAGUAAAGUAUUAUAUGAUGCACUCUCCCAACAAGCAGACAAUGCACAAGACGAAGAGGCGCGCUUGUUACAGCGUUUUGUAUUGGAGGGCAAAUUAAAUGGUCUCACACAUACAGAAGACAAACGUGAGACCCUCAGAGAUAUUCUAGUACAGCUAGGUAAAGAACGUGCUAGCUUCAAAAAUAAAGUGAACAUGGCGGUACAUACCUUCGGACAUACAAUAAAGGAUUACAACCUUGUUCGUGAUUUUCCUGCGACACUAUUGGAAGCAAUAUCUAAGGAUUCUAGCACGCCAACACAAGGACCAUGGAAGAUAACGUUACAACCACAAAUUGUGGAGGGAUUUUUGAAAUACUGCCCAGACCGUAUGCAACGUUGGAACGUGUGGCAAGCUAAUGUGCGUAAAGCGUCUGGCCAACAAGAGCGUAGUCUUGAAAAUAGUACGCAUGUGGAGGGUAUAAGGUCACUUAGGAAACGCCAGGCAAACUUGUUAGGCUAUCCAAACUACGCAGCCAUGUCGAUGCAGACUAAGAUGAUUAAAAAUGUAGACAAUUUAAAACAGGUAUUCGCGAAUUUGUUGAAGUUUGCCGGCCCUGCACAGUCAACAGAAAUUGAACAGUUGCAAAAUUUUGCAAUUGAAAGCGGAUUUCAGAAUAAAUUGGAUGUAUACGACAUCGCCUACUGGCAGCGCAAACAUCUAAUAGCGAACCAUCAGUUGAAUGAGGAACAGCUACGUGAAUAUUUCCCACUUCCAAACGUAUUCACCGGACUGUUUAAAUUAAGUGAGAAUUUGUUCAAUAUUCGUAUUGUGGAACGGAAAAAUGUUGAGGUUUGGCAACCAGCCGUAAAAUACUAUGAUGUAUUCGAUAAUAGUGCCGGUGGCGGUGUAUCACCAAUUGCUGGCUUCUACAUCGAUUGUUACUCGAAGGAGAAUAAGUUCGGUAAAAAUAAUGGAUGGAUGGUGAGCAUACGUAAUCGAAAUCCAUCCGCUCAAUUGACGCCUUUGUGCGCGUUAAUCUUCAACUUUACGGAACCGCUACAAGGCGCGCCACAUCUACUGAAUUUUGACGAUUUAAAUAUGGUAUUCAAGACAUUCGGUUCAGCCUUGCAACAUCUACUUACGAAAGCGCCAUACACAGACCUUGCCGGUCUAUCCAACAUUGAAUGGGAUGCCUCGCAAGUGGCGGGAAAUGUGAUGUGCAAUUUCCUUGAUAACCCAGCCAUUUUGAAGCAACUUUCUAAACACUACACAAGUAAUGAGCCCAUAUCGGAUGACGUGCUGCAAAAAAUACAUCUGCUAAAGACCAGUCUGGCCGGGUACAAUUUGUGUCAAGAGCUAUACUUAGCAGAUUUGGACAUUGAAUUACAUCAGUCCGAUGCAUUUUGGCUUGACGUGGUGAAAAAGCUGUGGCCUGUCUAUCAGUGUAUGCCGCUCGACAAAAAAGACGCGCACCCUUGUUCUAUGACCGAAAUAUUCUCCGGAGACUGGGGUGCUGCACAAUUCAGUCAUCUAUAUUCGAAAGUGAUCGCCGCAGACAUUAGUUCCGAAUUUGCAGACAAGUCGGAAACAGAGCUAUCGACGGCGGGUCAACGCUUUAAGGAAACUUUCUUAGCGCUAGGUGGUUCUGUGCCUACAUCAGAAGUAUUUCGUCGUUUCCGCGGUCGCGACCCGUCAGUGGAAGCGCUGCUGAAGUCUUUAAAUAUACUUAACAAAACACAAACUACUGGCGAGUUAUAGGUGACACUUUACACAGAAUAAGCUAUGUGACACAAUAUCACUUCUACUACAUACAUACAUACAUAUAUUUAUAUGCAUAUGUCUGUAUGUAUGUAUAUAUUUUCUUUUUUAAUUGUCUGCGCAAUCGGAUUGUUGUUAAUUUUUAUUAAUAAUCGCACAUAUACACAUAAAAAUACCAGUUCAUAACAUGAUAAUUUCUGGGGUUUACAAAAGCAAAUGGGAAAAAAUGUGCUGCGUGAAAAAGAGUUGAAUAUCUUUAAUGCCAUUUGUUGCACUCUCCCAUUACAGAUAAAGUAACAAUAUACAAAUAAAAGAAAUGUUGGUAAAGUUAUGUUUGUGUUCACUGUGAUGAAAAAAUAUACGAAUAAAAAUAAAAAACAAAACGCCUGAAA